GAGGUGGGGUAAGGUCGUAUCCUUCGCAGUUUCGCGUGGUGGAGUCGGACCAGGUCGCGCCCCGCGUGGUCAGACUCCGUGUAGCUCACCUUCCGCUGCGCUGCAGAACCUCCACAUGGACCGCGGGCGAUUCGGCAACACAGGGAAGCGCUUGUUUCAGGUCGCCCACCGCCUCGUCCAUGGCGCCGCCGCCGGGAGCCGAGGGAAUGCCGUCGGAGCGAGGCCGCGGUCGCCUCCCUGCGCCCCGUGGGACAGCCUUCUCAGCUGUAGUAGGAUCCACCUAGACGAAGGGCCGGCCAAAUCCACUUCCGCCGCCCGAGCCGCGCGGCGCCUCGCAACCCGCCCCGCCCCGCCGAGCUUCGAAUCUGCCGCGCGCUGCGCACCGCCCCACCCUGACCCGGAAGCACUCGGCGGUGGCGGUGGCGCUACUUCCGACUGGCGCAGGUCAGGCUACGGGCAGCCGCUUCUCACCGGCUUCCGUGCUACCUCAGUCAUGGGGAAAAAGCACAAGAAGCACAAGGCGGAAUGGCGCUCGUCGUACGAAGAUUAUACGGACACACCACUGGAGAAGCCUCUGAAGCUGGUGCUCAAGGUGGGAGGGAGUGAAGUGACAGAGCUCUCAGGAUCUGGCCACGACUCCAGCUACUAUGAUGAUCGAUCAGACCAUGAACGGGAGAGACACAGAGAAAAGAAGAAGAAAAAGAAGAAGAAGUCAGAGAAGGAAAAGCACCUCGAUGAGGAGGAGAGGAGGAAGCGGAAGGAAGAGAAGAAACGGAAACGGGAGAAGGAACACUGUGACUCAGAGGGGGAAGCUGACGCUUUCGACCCUGGAAAGAAGGUGGAGGUGGAGCCACCCCCAGAUCGACCAGUGAGAGCCUGCCGAACACAGCCAGCUGAGAAUGAGAGCACACCCAUCCAGAGGCUUCUGGAGCACUUCCUCCGCCAGCUACAGAGAAAAGAUCCUCAUGGAUUUUUUGCUUUUCCUGUUACGGAUGCAAUUGCUCCUGGGUAUUCAAUGAUAAUAAAACAUCCUAUGGACUUUGGCACAAUGAAAGACAAGAUUGUAGCUAAUGAAUAUAAAUCAGUCACAGAAUUUAAGGCAGAUUUCAAAUUAAUGUGUGAUAAUGCGAUGACAUACAAUAGACCAGACACCGUGUACUACAAAUUAGCCAAGAAGAUCCUGCACGCGGGCUUUAAGAUGAUGAGCAAAGAGCGGCUGUUAGCUUUGAAGCGCAGCAUGUCGUUUAUGCAGGACAUGGAUUUCUCUCAGCAGGCAGCUCUCUUGGGCAGUGAAGACCCAGCAGUUGAGGAACCUGUUCCUGAGGUUGUCCCAGUGCAAGUAGAAACUACCAAGAAAUCCAAAAAGCCGAGUAGAGAAGUUAUCAGCUGCAUGUUUGAGCCUGAAGGGAAUGCCUGCAGCCUGACAGACAGCACAGCAGAGGAGCAUGUGCUAGCCCUGGUAGAGCACGCAGCUGAUGAGGCUCGGGACAGGAUUAACCGGUUUCUCCCAGGUGGCAAGAUGGGGUACCUGAAGAAGCUUGGAGAUGGAAGUCUGCUCUACAGCGUGGUGAAUGCAACUGAGCCUGAGGCUGAUGAGGAGGAGACACACCCUGUGGACCUGAGUUCACUGUCUAGCAAGUUGCUCCCAGGUUUUACAUCAUUGGGUUUCAAAGAUGAAAGAAGAAAUAAAGUCACAUUCCUCUCCAGUGCCAGCACGGCACUUUCAAUGCAGAACAACUCUGUGUUCGGGGACCUGAAGUCAGAUGAAAUGGAGCUUCUGUAUUCCGCCUAUGGAGAUGAGACUGGUGUGCAGUGUGCACUGAGCCUGCAGGAAUUCGUGAAGGAUGCUGGAAGCUAUAGCAAGAAGAUGGUAGAUGACCUCCUGGACCAAAUCACAGGUGGUGAUCACUCAAGAAUGAUCUUCCAGCUGAAGCAGAGGAGGAGCAUCCCCAUGAGGCCUGCAGAUGAGAUGAAGGUUGGGGAUCCACUGGGAGAUAGUGGUGGCCCUGUUCUGGACUUCAUGUCAAUGAAACAGUAUCCUGAUGUCUCCCUGGAUGUGUCCAUGCUCAGCUCUCUUGGGAAAGUGAAGAAGGAGCUGGACCAUGAGGAUAGCCACUUGAACUUGGAUGAGACAGCCAGGCUCCUGCAGGACUUACAUGAAGCACAAGCAGAGCGAGGAGGCUCCCGGCCAUCCUCUAACCUUAGCUCUCUGUCCACUGCCUCUGAGAGAGAGCAGCAUCCUCCAGGAAGUCCUUCUCGCCUUAGUGUUGGGGAGCAGCCAGAUGUCAGCCACGACCCUUAUGAAUUCCUUCAGUCUCCAGAACCUGCAGCUCCUGCCAAGAACUAACUUAUGGGGUUUCCAGAUGUUUUAUUUUAUUUUUCUACAUUUUAUUUGAUACAGUUUUUGUCACAAGACAGAAACUUUUGUCUUAUCCUCUGUGGCAUAUAGGAGCCUGAGGAAGAUGAUGGCUUGUCUGUACUGUCAUGUCUGCAGCAGAGGCCCAGUAGCACCAAAUGGUGUCCAAUAAGUUCUAAGUAGUGGCAAUAGAACAUAAACAGGUUGCAAACAGAUGGCUCAACUCUGUGUCUCCUGAGCACCAGAAGCCAAGCUUGUUUAUGAUAAUGUGCACAUAAUCAUUUUACAUUUUGUACAGGCUUCCUUCAGUUCUCAAAGGGGAGUCUGCAGAACAGGCCUUCAGAGGGUACCUUCUGUUUUCUAUUUGGUCACUGAACCAGAGGAUAGAGUUAUCUCCCUGACAAGUAAUGAACCACCCCACCUUUUAGAAUGAAGUAUACAGAGUCAUAAAAUGUUUCAAAACUGGAUGUAUUUGCUGAUUACCUAUUUGUAUUUGUAAAAUACAUGAACACGGGUCCUAAUAAAGAGAUGCCCAAGUGGUAA